CAUACAACAGUUCUCUUGGGAAAGUGGCGUAUGAUGGCUCUGCAUUCACUCAAUCCUUCAUUGAGGCUUUGGACACACACACAGGACGUCUCUACCCUACAUGCCGACAUAUUAAACAGGGUGAGAGAGAAAGGUGAGACCUCUACUCCAUGGAUGAAUGGGAGUAUGCUGGGCAGUAUAUCCCUGAGGGACCCUAUCAUGAGAGAUGGUGUGAAGGCUCGAGAGAAGGCAGAGAGGGUUUGGGAUCAUGCUGAUGCCAUCCACAGUGUGUGUGAGCCUGUGGUACUGGAGGGCAGCAGCAGUGGUCUGGCUAAACUGCUGUCUCUGAGGCUCAUCUUCACUGCUCCAUUCACCAACGUUCUCUCUCUGAGAGUGGAGGCCAAUCUAAAACGACUUGGCAUCACGGCCUCUAUAAAAGUGGAAUCUAUGAGAAGUCAGGGUGUAGAGUGGGAGGAGGACGACACGCCAGACAACUCUCUCCUCUCCCAGUCUAUCACUGUCAGGAACCUACAGAGACUCACUAAGCCGCUCUGUGUGACUGUGAGUGUGACAGUGAGCUGGGCCUGACUCAGGAGAUGUGCGUGCGGAGAUGACACACACCUUCUCUGGACCUCUCCUCUCCCACCUCCUCACCCCCAUAUCCUGACACUCUGACUUCAUUGUGUGUAUAUAACAUUUCGUGUUUUGUCGUGGACAUAAUGUUAACAUUAACACACAUUGUAUUUUGGUCACAAAUAAUAUAUUAUCAGCUGUGUGAAAUUAGUAUAUAGCGUCACUGCUGCAUUAAAAAUUG